UUCCCUCGCGGCAGCGGGGGUUGACGCUCUCGUGCUGAUGGUACCAGUGGUGGUGGUGCUGAUGGUGGUGGGGUGGUAUCAGCGGGCGGGUAGGGAGAAGACCUCCACGUCGCAGAGCGCCGUGGACGGUGUACGUCGCUCCGUCCAGUGCAGUCUCAGUGUCGUUUCGGCCGCGGUCUCGUACGGUUGCUCUCGGCGAAAGGGUCACGUUCUCGGAUCGCCCUCAGCAUUGUCGCGACUGCCGCGACUCUUACCCGGCCUACUUUUCGUCCCCGAGCCGCGGUGCGUCGAUCCGCGUGCCGAGGUCGAGCGCUCCGUCGUGUCAUCGAGGACUCUGUAAUCACCGAACAUGGGCUAGACGAACGGCGGGAGCCCGUUGCAGCUGUCAUCCGCCCGACCGCGCGCGAAUCAGGAUUCAGUGGAUGUAAUGUGUCGUGACAAGUAGGGCGACGGGGGGGAAUCUCGUCAGUGUAUCGAGUCUUAUCUCCCGUAUCGUCGAGGACGCUAUCGCGACCGUGCGGCUGAUAGCAUCGCUAGCCGUGUUCCGCGGUCGUUGUAAGAUGAGCCCGGCCUCCCAGGGCGCCCUGGAGGUGGAGCGUUACAUCGGCAGCUGCCUGAUCUCGUCCAACGUGCGCGCUGGGCUGCACGCUGGCAAGCCCGUGCCUGUUUGCCGGAAGCAGCAACAGCAACAGCAACAACAACAGGAACAAUCGGCGACGUUACGCGGCAGCAAGGCCCGCGGCUGUUAUAAUGCAGGACAGGGUUGUUAUCCUGGAUUGGCUGAUCAGCAGCAGCAUCAGUGUCAAGUGCAGUACGGCGGUCCGGGCGGUUGGACGGGCGCGCCGCUGAUAUCAAUGACGUCGAGCCCGCGCAGGUGUACUCAGCGAUCGUCGCCGUCGCUCGGACAACAGCAGCAGCAGCAGCAGCAACAACAACAACAACAGACGUGCGCCGAGCAGCAGCAGGUCCCACCGGCCGGUCAUCUGCAUAAAAGUCCCCUGUCCAGGCUGGCGAUUCACACGCAGGGCGCGCCUCUGAUUUUGGCCGGACGAUUCUACAAUCGUGGCAAGAUACACGGCAACAACAGUGGCAGUGGCAGUCCUAAUGGUGCCGCCAGCACUCUCAAUGGCAACGUCGUCGGCAAUUACGUUCAUAACAGCGGAAAUUCAUCUAUGACGAGCAACGGCGCGACGAGGUGCCCUGCAUCGCGAAUUGCCACGCAAAAGUCGGCGGAGGCUGCUCUGAAGAAGCCACCGACAAUGACUACGCCGAACUCCAAGACGACGGCGAAUCCCGACUGUUCUUCAGCCGCAGUGGGAAAGGAGAACGCCGGUUCCUCGAGCAUCGCGAAUAUCGACUCGCUGAGCAUCGCCAGCGACGAGAGCUCCGGCUCGAACAACUCGGAGAACAGCCUGCCGCGUAUCAUCAAGCCCCGCAAGCGCAGAAAGAAGGACCGCAAGCCGCCGAACAACGUAGUCGCGGGCGGCGUUGACGCGGUGAAACCGGCGGACGAGUCGCAAACGCAGCGUCAACUGAUCUCGGGUUGCUUGAACGCGGCCGGGGAACAGUCGACGGGCAUCGUCGGCGUGAAACCGUACGCGCCGAGCUGCUACGAGCCGCGGGUCUACGAGGCGACCGGGCCGCAUCUCAGGAAUUACCGGAGGCCGCCGAUCGGCCAUCGAGAGAACAUCUACGGCGGCUGCAGGGCGCCUUCGUCGAUGCACACCGCCGAGCUGGCGGACGUCAGGCAACAACGGUACGCCGCGCACCACCGGCACCACGUGCAAGUGAAAGUGCUGGACGACAAUCGUAACGUGGUCGCGGCACCGAUGCGUGCCGCGGCGCCGCCCAAGGGCUACCGACAUCACGCCAACGGCGGUAACGGCAACUGCACCGGCAACCUGCCGCGACGCUACGUGCACCACGAAUACGGCGAGUCGGUAUGCGAAGCCGCCGCCCGGGGGGACGGUCCGGGUCCGUGUCAGUGCCGCUAUUGCGACCCCGCCGGUCUGAUCUGGGACGUCGACCGGAACGGCUACUCACCGUUCCUGACGGCGCCGCCGCCACCGCCGUCGUCAACGGGCGUCGAGUAUUGUCGCGGUCACUUUAAUGGUCAGAUACCGUUGUUCCUGACGCCGCCCAGUGGUCUGCAGGAGCAGUGCGCCCUCGACAGGCUCUUCGACGAGCAUCCGCGAUCGCACGACGACGGAAGAGACACCGGGUCCGCCGUGGGGCCCGGCGGCGUAGUGUUGAGGCGCAGCUGGAGCGACCCGACGAGUUAUUUCAGCUACGCCGAUGAGAUCGCCGCGCCCACGAGGGACGUCGGUGUUAUCGGUGAUCGGGGGGGAUCCGAGGGUGGGAAGUACAAACGGACCCUCUGGCGCGGCGAUAGUAUCGGUAACGCGUCGGCCAAUUCGGCGACGAGCAACGUGAACCCCGCGGGCCUGAAUGGGCCCGGUGGCGGUGUCGCAUCCCCGAAGGGUCUGGAGGUGUCCACGGAGAUUAUCACGUCGCCCAACGGUCACCGGGACCUGGAGAUCAAGUUCUACUCGUCGCCGUCGCCCGCCGAACGUCUCGCCGAGGAGGACAAGUCGUCGAGCCUUGCCGAGGAGGCCGACGACGACGACAACAACGGGGACGACGAUUUCAGCGACAUAUGGAGUUACCACGAGUCAAAGUUGCAGCAGGAUUUCCGUACGCUGCUGCAAGCGGAGGAGUGAUGGGUCCGUCGUUGUUACCUGUCCGAGAGUGUCCUCGAGCACCACGCAGGCGUUCGUGGUCGCGAACUCGCUCGGUGGAGUGCGAAGUGAGAGCGAAACGGCGAUGGCAAACGCUGCCGACGACAGCAGUAAAGAUAACGCGGAGAGGAAUAGUGCGCGUGGGUGGUUGACGAUGAAGCGAGUGACUCGUCGGGAAAGAAUAUGACGUUCUCUUCGAGACUCUUGUAAGUCCUGCGUGAAACAGCGACGUGACCAGCGAUUCUGAUCUGAAUUUCGAAUCGAGUAUUGGCGCGCGCGGCUUGAUGAAGCGCGAACGACGAAGUUGCGAAAUCUCGGUGGGAACAACGGUGAAGGCGGCGGCGACACAACGACGAUGACGACGACGACGAAGACGAUGACGACGACGAUGACGACGACGACGACGAUGACGACGACGACGACGAAGAUGAUGAUGAGGAGCUUCUCUCGCCGCUAACGGUGUUCGUAGUAUACGUGACACGACGCGCGUGCACGCAACGCUGCACGCGACGCGCCGCCGGAUGGUACCGACGUCGCUUCGGCACUUCUUCUGGGUGAUGUUCUGCGACGCGGCGUGGUGAACUGACUUGAAGCAACGGAAAGAGAGAGAGAGAAAGAGACGGUGCGUCGAUCAGCCUUGUCGCGAGCCUGUCAGUCUGGAAUAAUCGGAAGAGGCGUGCGCUCUCACGUGUGUACAUGGCGCGCGAGCACACAUGAAUAUCUGUAACACGCACGACUGUAUCCGUCAGGCCUCUUUAACGCACGAGUUUUCCCCGUAGGCUGCCUAGUACGACAGAACGGUCGCCGCGCCGGUUGUAUAAUCAGCGGUCGCGCUACGUAUUGACGCAAGUGUUUCUCUCCUUUCGCUUGCGCAAGAUUUCGCUCGAUCCGACAGUGACAGAGUGUUAAUUGAGUUAAUCCGUACGGGGGAAAACUAUCUAGUUGCCGGGGAAUAAUUGCAUCAUACGUGACGUCUUUUUAAAAAUUAAUUUGUCACGCGAAUGAGCAUCGUCAUGUGCGCGGCUCCGCCCACCGUUCCUCUUUGCAUCAUCGGGAACAGAGAGUGAUUAAUUAAUCCCGUCUAUUCUUAAAUGUCCGUCUAUAAAAAACGUUUAGGUAAUUCCCCGAUCCAUCUAAUCAGUGAUUACGCACACGCGUGUGUACGUGGAAUGGGCACUUUCUCUUCAGCUUUAUAAUUACUACGAUACUCGUAACUACAGCCUACAGCCGAGGAAACCGUGCAUAAAAGAGGUCUUCCGGCCGAGAAACGAUGAAACGUAAGAGUGGAGGCAUACGCAAUGAGGAACAAAAUUUAUAACGCAUCUGAUAUUUUAUGUAUUACCAAUCAGAAUAUCGAACUGCUGCCUUCUCCGUGCCCUUCAAUGUAGACACGUGGGACCACUCUUAUCCUACAGUAUCUGUUUUCCGGUCGAUUGCCCUCACGAUAACGAUUACCUUAUCGUCAAUUCAUCCCAUCUCAUUCCGCGAUCCUCCCUUCGCUUGGUAAUUCCCGAUUCUUACGUUCCAUUGUAUCUCGGCUGUAAUACGUGAUCGACGCAGGGUACGCCGAACUGUCGCUGAACCUCACGCGUAAUUAAGCAGCAGCGAUCUUUCCUCGACGUUCAUUAUUCACGAAGCGGUGGCUGGCGCGCAAUCUCCGCGCGCGCACGGGCGUGCAAACGCGUAACACCCACUCUGAUCCUGCGCGGCGCGUGAAAUUGAAUUGUAUUUUCGACUCGCACUCCCAACACGUUCGGUUACGCUCUGCGUCGAUUCAUAUCGAUGGUGAAAGACGCACGAGUCAAAAGGCACGUCCGAAGAAACUCGGUCCCGACCAGCGCGGUACAUAUCGGCCGCGCAAGGGGUUAAUUACGAGGGUUAAUCGCGUGCACGCCUGCCUCUCCUCGCCCGGCUGUGCACCAACACACUCACGCAGCGGCGAUGUGCACCGGCUUUUUCUCGCCGCCACCACCGUCGUCGCUCAAGACGAGUAGCGGCGACGUGACCGUUUAAAACGUAACGUAGCAAUUAAUCGGAGGAACGAUGAACGGUCCGGUCCGUUGCUGACCGCCACCACCGCCACCACCGCCACCGCCGAUCGUAAUCGACGUCUGCGCCUUCCACCUCGUCUCUCCUCUCGCGCCCGAUCCCGUGCGCGAUAGUAGGUCGAACUGUUCCCCCGGCGGAGGAGAGAAUCUUCUCCUUUUUCCUCGUCUUCCUCCCGGGAGGCUGCUUCGCGUGAAAGGAGCUACCGUGUCCGUAUUAGUAACUGCGUUUAAUCGCGCGCUAUCGCCGCGUUUUAUCGGAUAACUCGGCCCGCAACGGUUCAGCCCGGAGCUCGAACGGCGCCGAUAACCGCUGGGCGGCUGACUCGCCGGAGUUCGUAACAUUGUUUCGCGCUCGCCUCUCGCGCGCCGUUUACCGUUGCUGCCUCGCUAAAUAACGGCAGGCGGGGCAGAUAAACGCGUUAUUGAUUUGUUCGAUAUCAACGCUUUAGCCAAGUGGUGCUAUCGUUGUCCCUCCGCGUCGAUUUCAAGCCGGAAGGGAGAUAUUGUCGCGCGGUUCCGUUACGGGAUGCUGCCCGACGAUGAUUCAUCUGAAAUCGGAGAUCGGCAGCUCCGGAGCUUGCGCGUACCAUUUCGAACGCGAAAUUAAACUCGUGCAAUUUGAUUUUAUUUUGUUUUUCGACGACGUGUACGGGUACUCGUUCGUCGAUACCCGAUUCGAUUGCAGCGAUCUUGUUGACUUAUUUAUUUUCGUGCGACGAAAAGAUCAUAUGGCACAUGUGCCUAACAAAAUCGGAGACUAUCUCUUCAGAUGCGUUCCUUUGGAAUUUUCACGUAGUAAGAAUCGUAACGGUAGCAGCCAAUCGCUUCUCAAUUUGUCGGACAACUUCCGUAACUUUUUCCGAGGUCGCUCGUAUGAUCGAUCGAUCUCCGUGGCGACCGAUUAUCGCGACGAUCGAAAUGCGACGACUCGCGGAGCUCUCAAGGGAAGGUGGAAGGCGCGGCAGGGAUUACCGGCAGGAUCAGGUGGUAGACCCCGAGAUACUGUAUCUACAUUAGCGAAAGGCCAUCGCGCAGAUUUACACAGAGCGUAGAAGCGAGUAAACGUAGAAGCGAAUCGGCCGGUCACACGCGCGCGCACAUACACACGUACACACGCCCAUGUCUACCACGAGCGGCGUGAUAGGUCGACUCGUUCUUCUGUAAAUCUGCGCUCGAUGCUCGAGAGAAAGAGAGAGAGAAAAAGAGAGAUAGAGAGAGAGAGGAAGAAAAAGAGAGGGCCCUCGGUCAAAGGAGACCGAGGUCGCGCGACGAAUCCCGCGAAUUCUGCGUCGUUUUGUAUGCGAUACGCGAAAACUACACCCUGAUUCCGUUUCCUCGCAAAGUCACACACAUGAACAGACAUACACUCUGCUGCAAUCAUCAGCAUCGUCCCACUACCAUCCUCAUCACACGCAUAUGUAUGCAUACUACACAUACACGUAUACACACGUACACUUAGCAAUCCACCACCACCUAUCGUUAGGCCGUAAGUCUAGAAUCUAAGGCGAUCCAUUUAGAUUAUUAUCUCUGUUGUCUAUAUGUGUAUAGAAGAAAUCGCGCGAAGACGGUCCGCCUUUUGUUGUCACGAUUUCGGAGCGCGCGAUUGAGAAAGACGACGAAAAUGACCAGGUAUGAUCGGCAUCUCCUGAUCGAACGGACAUUUUCUCGCGUGUGACGCAUUAUCGUUUCGGAGAAAUUAGGAGCGACGGGGUAUCGUACUGCGUUAUUUCUCCUUUGUUGUUUUUGCUACCGAUGGCCAUGCGUAUCACGAAUGCAAGCGGCAAUCGGAGCGGUAUGCAAGGCCUUCGGUAUUUCAGUUUUCCCAAAGUGUACACACGCGCGGCGGGAUUAUUCAUGAAUAUUUAUAGCCGCCGUUCUCCCAAAAAGAAACGCACGCGGAUUAAACUAGGAGGAAACCGAUGAAAUCUUGUUAGUAUUCAGUACGCUCGCAACGCCGGCCGUACGAAGGGCAGACCGUAAAAAUUCGACGACGACAACCACGACGGGAACGACGACGUCCGUUUAGGCUGUAACGGGUGUGCGCUUUGUGUCGAGUUUGGCGAGUGUGUGUCCCGAGCGAGCGCGAAGAAUGAUAUUAGCAAUAUUUCUCUCUUGCCUGCGAGUUGCACCUUGCGUGGCAAGUUUUAUUGCCAAGUGGCGACAGAUAAAUAUUGUCCUUGGCUCCUUGUUAAGGUAGCGCGCGCGAUGCAUCGGUGCAUAAUCAUGCGUUGUGUGCACUAGGAAAUGCCGCGCGAGAGAGAAAAAAGAAAAAAAAGCAGGGAGAAAGAGAGAGAGAAAGAGCGAGAGCGCGAGAUUACUUUAAUAACAUCGUCGUCGGUAUUUUUCCUGGGAGAUUCUUAUUGCACAUUGCACACACGCGAGGGAAGAAGCCUACCGCUCGUGCAAAUGUCCGUUCGUUUUAUACAAUUGCGCGCGAUGUUUGUCGACGUUUUUUUCACGUAUCGACGUAUACUUUCGGUCGUAUUUUAAUGCUGUCUGUACUGUGGAUGCACCACUGCACGAAUGCACCAAAUGUACCGUGCAGCAUGAAAAGUGAAACACGCCAGGGCCAGAGAUUUAACUCCAGGUACGCACGCGUUGUUUGUUUCAAGAUUAAGCGGUUUUUCCUGCGCGUAUAAAUUGCCUUUCGUAUUAAGAACAUUUAACGAGCGCUCCCGAGUCGUGUAGCAAAUUUGCGAGAAAGGAUUAAAGGAAGGUAUUACAGUCGUGUUUCAUGUAAAUCUUCAUAGCACAGUUGGACUCGUUUACGAGUUGUCGCUUUUGAUACAAGCGUUUCCACGCGAAUUUCCUCCGACUCGGACUUCGCCCGAUUUAAGUAUGAUCUCGCUUUAGUAACUUCACUUUGAUGAUUCGAAAUCUCAUAAGGAGGAUUCGAGUUGAGGCGAAGCUUAUCACGCUUAUUUCGAUAUGUUAUGUUAUUUGCGAGAAACGCGCAUGAAAAUUAUGUAAAAGUGUGAAGAACGUUCUUGUAACGCGUCCCCAUGUCCUCGGACGACGAACAGAGCGCAGCGAUCGCUAUAAAGAAAUUUUGUUGCACGAAAAGGAGAGAUAGUAUAAACGCGCGUUUGUUAUUGCGACCUCUUUACGAGGAAAGGCGGCUUUAAUCCGGAAAGAUUCAAGUGUCCUCUCGAUGUGCUGGUUAAGACGGCGUCUGCUGGUUUAAUUGCGGAGCCUGUCACAAACAGUUUCUGGCAAACGCGUCGGCGAAAGUGACCUAAUUCAUUUACCGUUCUCGCACGUCUACGAAAUUUGUUAAGACGUCUAUGCGAAUUUCGCGGCCGAGAGAAGUGAAAAUUGACGAAUAAACAAUAUACGAAAUAAAAGAGAGAAAGAGAGAGAAUCGUACUUCUGACAAAGUAUCCCAUCGUUGACAAUGCUCUCGAAUUAAUCACUCGUUGACUCUCCGGAAGUCGCAAUGAAUACGGAAAAUGGAGCAACACGUAUUUUUGUUUAAAUAUUAUCAUUCUUAAAUAUUUGCGAUUUUUAGUCUUACUUACCACAUAUCUGGAAGGACGUGCGAAUAGCAAAUAUUGAAGCGGAUAACCAUGGCAAAUAUUAGACAAGCGAAAAAUAUUGAAGUGAUUCAAAAAGAUGGGAAACCGUGGAAAAGUUAAUACGAUUGAACGCUUGAUAGCGAACCAAUUUCGAUCUUGCAGCUGAACUCCCGCGACUUCUGUAGAUGCUUGAAUUUCAACGUUGCUGUAAGAAGCUCUUGUUUUUUCCGUACUUUUUGUGAGAAAAUCACGACUUUAUUUAUACCAUAAACAGCCUACAAGGCUUUCUCAUGGUAAGGAGGUCGUUUAGGGAUCAUUUUGUAAGGUAUUGCAGAAGGAGAGAGAGAGAGAGAGAGCGAAAGAUUAGGCUCGCUGGAUACGUCAAUAUGCGUUUGCGUUAUCUCUCAUCGCCUGGCGAGCAUUUCCUUGGUUCUGACGUUGCUUUUCCCGAUCGCCCGCCUGAUGUGAUCACUUCAGAAAUCGUGCUUUCCGCCUGAUCUGAUCUCGGAUGAAGACAGAGGGAGAGACUCGAAAACAGCCGAAAUGGAGAGAGUUCAAUGAGCGCGAUUCAAUGAUUCUCUAUCGGUUAAGUUUUUUUUUGUCGUUCUCUUUUUCGUUCCCCAUGUCGGCCGUCGAUCGUUUUUUGAUUCUCUCACCCUCCUGCUUCUUCUUUAUGUAUUUAUUUCACUCAUCGUCGCGAUUGACGUUAAUAACGUAUUGUGAUAAUGCAACGAUAUAACACACAACAGACGUACGUACAUGUGUGUACGUACACACACACACACAGACACACAUACACUUGUACACACAGAUACUCGGUUCUGCUUCGUCGUAAUAGACUGAUCAACUAAGCCGACCUACCAAAAGCGUCGCCUAUAGUGCUAUGCUGCACUAACUCAAAUCACACUGUUUGGAAGAAUCAAUAAAAAUGUCUUUAAUUUA